AUUAUUCUACUGUUUGUUAAAACUAGAGUGGGUGUGGAGAGAAUAUUUUGCAAAGAGGGAUUCUACAAUAUAUAUCAGCUCUCAGAAGCUCUGUAGAACUCAGUUCACGCUAGCGCUUGAUCGUUCGCCGUAUUUCGCAUUCAUUAAGAUCAUUUCGGUGUAAUUUUGUGUACAUCCUACUUUGCAAGAAAAUCUUUGUUUGAAAAAUGUUUGCAGCGUUCUUUGCUUUUGUAUUCAUAACAACUACAUAUGCUGCAAAUGACCUACCUUCCUACAUUCGCUUGUGUGGACGUAACAGUCCCAACGAUGUCUACGGUCAAUGCAUGAAAGCUAACAUAGAUAAUGUGAAGAGUACGAUUUGCAGUAAAGGGUUACCAGAAUUUAACGUUCCUCCCAGUCAGCCAAUAACUAUUGACAAAAUAGUUAUUUAUGACACUAAUAAUCUUAAAUUGAGCGUCGAAGAUGUAAAACUAACAGAUUUUUGUGAUUUUGAAAUAACCUCUAAUAACGUGUCUUCUGAUAAGCUUCGUUUUGAGUUUGCUCUCAAAUAUGAUCGUAUUGUCAUGGACGGCACGUAUAACUUCGAUAUACAAUUACUAGUAUCACUUGCUAAUAAAGGACUAUUUCACGUUACUACAAAUGACGCAACCGCAACGAUGGACGUAGAAUUGAAAGAGGUAACGAAGAACGGUAAAACAGAAAUAUACGCAUCGAAAGUAAAAACAAAAUUAAAUAUUAAAAAUUUUGUUUUUGAAUUUAAUGACAAAGAGGAUAACUUAGCUCAACUGCAUGAAGUUCUUUCUCAAACUAUAAACAACAACUCCAAGGAAAUUAUAAGUAAACUUAAUCCAUCAUUUGAACAGGCGAUAUCCAAACUGUUGAUGUCGGUUUUAAAGAAAGUAUUUUAUAACAGAUUUGAGCAAUUGUUUCCUAAUGAUGCAUAAAAGCAAUUAGAAUUUUAAGACUUAUUUGUCGUAAAGUCCUUUUUAUGCAUAUGCAUCCGAUUUAAAUAAAAAGUAUAAUUUAAAUGUAUUAUCUAUAAUAUAAUCCAUAUAUUAAUAAUAAUUUAUUAAUACAAAAACAGAUAUUCUUUAUAAUUUAAUAAACAAACUGUUUUUUGAUGGAUUUUUGGUCGCUGACAACAAAGCUGGCGGCUAAAGUUAGUUAUCGCGUUACAAUUUUGAGAAAAAUGGCGUCAAAGAGGUAGAAAAAAGACAAUUUCUAAGACGCUAUAGCAAUGGCAUCAAUUUUUUUUAAAAUUUCAUUAAUAAAAAAGCACCAUAGAAAAGUACCAACUUUUAGUUUUAACGUGCGUUUAAAAAUUGUUGUUAUCGGUGCUACAACGUCCUAAAAAUCCAAAAAUUCAUCAAUUUUUUUAUCUCUUUGACUACAUUUUUCUCAAACUUAUUACUUGAUAGCCAAUUUUGGCUACCAGAUUAGUUUUUAGUGACAAAAAAUUUAUCGGAAAACACUUUGUGUCGCAAUAUUUAGAUUUCAAAAAAGGGUUGAACUUAGCAAAAUAUUAUGUAUUCCAAUUGAAUGAUGAAAGGAAACAUCGUUUAAUUGUUACAGACAAAUAAUUAGCGCAACAAUACAGAUUUCUAUAGAAUAGUCAAAUAAAAAUGUAAUUUACUUUGUAUUACUUCGAUAUGCUUAUCCGAAUAAAAAUAUUAAUCUGUGGUAUGUGAUA